AUCUUUGUCACAGCCGUGUUCACUUGUAUUCUGGUUGGUAUCAACAGUGCUAUGAUCUCGGUGUUUGGAAAACUAAGAGAAAGCACAGCAGACGAUCUAGACGUUAUCUUGUUCCUCAAGUACAUACUUUUUUCAGCAUUGUCUUAUAUUUUUGAAAGUCUGAUAGAAGUUUGCUCGUAUCUCUGUACAUUUUUCUGUGAGACCUUCAUUUCCCAUUGGCUGUUUGCUCAAAAAAUGAAAAAUGAUUUUGACGAGUUUUCAAAAUUUACACCUGAGGAACAGUACACUAACUUUACCAUUAAGAAAGAGGCAUUUGUGAACAUGGUGUCUCUCGUGUUCUUUUCCAUUCCAAUGAAUGCGAUCCUGACAGUAUUUCUCUUUUAUAAUAUUCUAGCAUCCCAAAAGGAUAGUGCUUUGAAAAACACUAUUCUUGUGUCCUGUGUUUGCUUGAUCUACUGUACUGUGAGUAGAAAAGCUGCCUCUCAUAGAAAGAAUCUAAGGCAAGCAUAUAAUGAUUCAAAAAUGUCAAAAAAUGCAUUUUGUAGAAUGGCGCUUGAUAACUAUGAGAUUUGUACUGCAGACAGACAACAGGAGGUCCGAUCAAAAAUGUUCAGAGACAGAGUUAUUUCACUUGCAUCUCAUGAGUACAAAUAUUUUUUUCUUUCUGAGAAUUACAGGCUAUUUACACGAAGCUCAAUAGUUGCACUCAAACUUUUGUUUCUGUUUUUCCGAAUGAAUGAUGAGUCUAUGGCUGUUGGCAAAAUAUUACUAAUGAUAGAUCAGCUAAAUCAAUCGGUGCUUCGAUUAAGAAAUGAUCUUUUCAGGAUUUUAGAGUAUUGGAAUGAGUGUGCAGCAUCCAUCACUGAACAUUGUGGAGCCGAUAAUAGCAGAGCCAACAGCGAUUCAAUCCUUAGUGAGAAGGAGAAGUUGUCUCUUUCAUCAUUAUUCAUCAAGAAUCAGCGAUGUAUCACAUUGAAUUCAUCUAAUGAGAUGGUAGUUUUCGACAAAGGAGAUGGUUCAAACAAAUACACACAUGUUCUUGUGAUGAACCGAUGCUCUAAAACACUGGUUUUCGGUCAAUCAGGUUGUGGCAAAUCUACUCUCCUGAGAUCGCUGAUUGGCAUUCAUAGCUCCCAAUAUGAAGUAAAAAUAGGGGAUGCGGAUGUAUUGUCAAUUGAAAAAAAACUUUUAUUUUCUAAUAUAUCUUUUUUGUUACAAAAACAGCUCAUUUUCAACAAAUCCAUUGAAUUUAAUCUACUCUAUGGUACAGGUCUUACUCCAAAAGAACUAGCUGAAAAAAUUGCUUUUUUCAAUCUUUCACAGUAUUUUGAGCAAUUCGAGCAUGGACUGAAGACAACUAUUGGCAGUAAAUCAUGUGGUCUGAGCAAUGGCCAAAGACAGAUGGUAUGCUUCCUGAGAUGCCUGCUGCGAGAUGCCCCAAUCUAUAUUUUCGAUGAUCCUGGGAUAUUUCUUGAUGAUUACUCUGAAAAGUUGGUAUAUAGUCUGAUUUUCUCACUUUCUAACAAAAUUGUCAUAGUUGCUUCCCAGUCCAACAGACACUCUGAUCUGUUUGAUCAGGUUGUUAAGCUCAAAGACCCAGAACGAACUGUUUGCACCAGCAAAUAA